UUGAGUAAAGUGUUGGGAUGCAGGAAGGGUGGGUGACAGGAUUAGGGAAAUCCUUAGUCCUGUGGUGAGGAAAUUCCUUCAGAGGCCAAAGAGGCAGGAAAGACAUUUCCUAUCCCUGUGAAGAAAACAGCGUACUCUUGAAUCUCUAAAAACAACAAUUCUUCUUGUAGCCCUGAUGAUAGAGUGGCGUAUAAUGUUCAGAACCAGUAUUCUAAGCAGCCCUUUUCUUUUACGUCAAUUUGGGUAGACUUGUUUUUGUCAUCAGAAUUAAGAUGUUCAAGAGUCUGGUGAAGCUGGAAGCCAAAUUAAACAUCAACCAACUAGAGCAGGUGGUCUGCUAAUGGCACUUUAGGUUUAUUUUGUUAGCUUUCCAUGUUGUGGUGGAACCAUAAAAUGAUUCAAGAUCACGGAGUAGAGUCCUUUCAGAAGAGAAGUCUGAGAUCAAGUUUUUGAAUCAAUUUAUUUUAUUACACUUGGCUUUCUUUGUGGAGAAAACUAGUGCUAUAGGCAGAUGACUGAAAGCUCCAGUGGAGUCAAGUAUGAUCGUGAAGAAGAGAAGGGAAGCAUGGGGGAGGGGUGGUGGAAAAUGAAAUAGCAAGUAGACAAUUUGUCUAAUGAUUCUCUAGGGGUUUUCAGUGUAUUGCUUUGCAUCUCUCUCACUUGCUUUGUCUGGCUUAACAAAACUAGUGUAAACAUUGUACAGGCACCUCUGGCCUGUGGCACAUGUUAACUUUUGUUUGUGCUUGUGACUUUGACAUUUUGCAAUCUUGAUAAUAUGUGUUAAUCUGCAAAUGGUUUAUGUAGGCAGGGAGAAUGCAGGGCAAUGCGUAGUGAUUGAUGUCUGAGGGCUGGCUGAUAGCUGAGUCCUUUUGAAACUAUUGAUUCUAUUAUGGGUUAACAAGGAUGUUCAACGUGUAUUCAGAAUGCCUGUAAACGUUGGUUUUCUACAAGGUGUAAUCACAACAUAUGGACUUCUCUACCAAUGCUGUUUGAUUGUAUCCGGAACUGGCUGUUAGGUUUAAUCCAGAGGAAAGCAGUAUAGAAACCCAUAUCGCAUCCAUGUUUAAGAAACGUUACUGCAGACAAGAACAAUAAAAGAGCGAAACAGAAGAUGAGUAUGUUAAAACCGAGUGGGCUGAAGGCUCCAACCAAGAUCAGCAAGCCUGGGAGUGUCUUAUUGAAAACCGCUGCAUCUACCUCCCCUGCUCCAGCUGCAACAGAAAAGGCAGCAGCUGCUGAGAAAGCAUCUACGACCUCCCCCUCAGAAGCACAGGAAGAAUUUGUGGAUGACUUCAGAAUUGGGGAGCGUGUUUGGGUGAAUGGCAACAAGCCAGGCUUUAUCCAGUUCCUAGGAGAAACCCAGUUUGCGCCAGGACAAUGGGCCGGGAUUGUUUUAGAUGAAGCCAUUGGCAAGAAUGACGGCUCCGUGGCUGGAGUCCGCUACUUUCAAUGUGAGGCUUUGCGGGGAAUCUUCACCAGACCCUCCAAGCUGACCCGCAAAGUGGUGACAGAGGAGGAACCCAAUGGUACACAGGCCGCUGCUGCUUCCCGGGCGACUUCGCCCACCUCCACAUCGGCUGCUAGCCUUGCGUCUUUGCCUUCUGCAGCCGCAGCCGCUUCACCACUGCCCCCCACCAGCAUUCCACACAAGACUUCCUCCCCUGUAGCAAAGGAGCACCCUGUGUCUCAAGUUAGCAAUCUUUCCAGAACAGCAAGCGAAUCGAUAUCAAAUCUAUCUGAAGCCGGCUCUUUAAAGAAAGGAGAAAGAGAACUCAAAAUGGGGGAUCGAGUUCUGGUUGGCGGUACGAAAGCUGGCGUCGUCCGCUUCCUAGGGGAAACCGACUUUGCUAAGGGGGAAUGGUGUGGAGUAGAAUUAGACGAACCUUUAGGAAAGAAUGAUGGCGCAGUGGCUGGAACAAGGUACUUCCAGUGCCAGCCCAAAUACGGUCUGUUUGCGCCAGUCCAUAAAGUGACCAAGAUUGGUUUCCCAUCGACGACACCAGCCAAAGCCAAGACAACAGUGAGGAAGGCCAUCCCAACACCCACCAGCUUGAAAAGAAGUCCAAGCGCCUCCUCCCUCAGCUCCCUUUCCUCUGUCGCCUCAUCCGUUAGCAGCAAGCCAAGCCGCACAGGACUAUUGACAGAAACAUCAUCACGGUAUGCAAGGAAAAUCUCGGGCACCACCGCUCUCCAGGAAGCCCUUAAAGAGAAGCAACAACACAUAGAGCAACUUCUGGCCGAGAGGGACCUGGAGAGAGCGGAGGUUGCCAAGGCCACCAGCCAUGUUGGGGAAAUAGAACAGCAACUGGCACUGGCGCGAGAUGGCCAUGACCAGCGUAUGCUUGAAAUGGAAACUAAGAUGGACCAGUUGCGAGCCUUGGUAGAAGCUGCGGACAGAGAGAAAGUUGAGCUGCUGAACCAGUUGGAGGAGGAGAGAAGGCGGGUUGAAGACCUCCAGUUCCGUGUGGAGGAGGAAUCCAUCACCAAAGGCGACUUAGAGACGCAGACCAAACUGGAGCAUGCCCGCAUUAAGGAGCUUGAACAGAGCCUGCUCUUUGAAAAGACCAAAGCUGACAAACUCCAGAGGGAGUUAGAAGACACUAGGGUGGCCACUGUGUCAGAAAAAUCUCGGAUCAUGGAACUAGAACAGGAUCUACUCCUACGUGAGACAGAAGUGAAAGAGCUGCGCGCAAAACUGGAGUCCAGUAAGCCAGCAGGUGAUGUUGACACGUCUCUCUCGUUGCUACAAGAAAUCAGCACUUUGCAAGAGAAGAUGGUGACAAUGAGCAAAGAACACGAGGAUGAGUUGAAGGCACUGAAGGAGAAGUUUGACACCAAUGAAGAAUCAUUCCAGACCGAGAUGAAAGCCUGGCUGGCGACCAAGGAGAAUAUGGCAAAAGAGAGUGAAUCUCUUAAGAUGAAACUGGUUGGCGCCCAGAAGGAGAAUGCAGAGGUGACCAAUCUAUGGAAAUUGAAGCUGGAAUCUGCCAUUGCGUCUCAUCAGCAGGCAAUGGAAGAACUGAAGACCUCCUUCAGCAAAGGUGCGGGAGCUCAGAGUGCCGAAUACGCAGAGCUCAAGAUCCAGAUUGAGAAGAUGAGAGCAGAGCACAAGAGUGAGAUAAGCGACUUGAAAGCGCAGCAAGAAAAUGAGAGAUCACAUUUGUCAAAAGAGGCCGAUGCUCUCAAGGAAAAACUGAAGGAAGUGGCGGAAGAGAACGAGAAAAGCUUGGAGGCCUUGAAGACCAAGCUGGAGAAAGCCGAAGAGCAGCACCUUAUAGAACUGGAAGACAAUCUGAACAAGUUGCAGGAAGCUGAGAUAAAGGUAAAGGAGCUGGAGGGGCUCCAGUCAAAGUGCACAGAACAAGCCGAGGCCAUUGAUAGCUUUAAAGCACAGCUCAAAGCCACCGAAGCAAAGCUCUUGGAACUCGAUGCUCUUCAGAUGGCCAGCUCUGAAGGUAAACUGCAGUUGGAGAGAUAUAGCAAGGAGCUUGAGGCAGCUGAGAAAAAGAUACAGAGAUUAGAGAACGAACGCAGUAGUGAAAGUAGCCAGGCGGUUAGUCUAGUCAAAGAGCUGGAGGGGAAAGAGCAAAAACUCCUUGAACUUGAAAGUCACUUGGUUGCAGUAAAUCAACAUAAAGAUGCUUUGGAAAAGGAACUAGAAGAGUUGAAAGGAAAAUUUUCUAAGGGUGCUGAUGAGGCAGAAAGUGUACAAAAAUCUAUGCAAGAAACUGUCAAAAAACUAAGCCAAAAGGAACAGCAGUUUGCAAAAAUGUCAUCUGAACUCGAUCUGCUGAGAUCAAAUUUGGCAGACAUGGAGAAGAAAUUGAAAGACAGGGAAGACAAGGAGAAACAGCUGACUGAAGCAAAAGCCAAACUCGAAAGCGACCUUGCUGAAAUAAUGAAAUCCUCCGGAGACAGUUCUUUGCAGCUGACGAAGAUGAACGAAGACCUGCGGCAGAAAGAGAACAAAAUCAAGGAGCUCCAGCUUCAGCUCAACAAGGCGACUGAGAGUGCUGCUCGGCUGAAGGAAACAGCUCGCAAUGCGGAAGAGGCACAGCGGGAAGGCCAGAAGAAGCAUCAGACUGAAGUGAAAGAAAUGCAGGCCAAAUUAGGCAACUUGGAAAAGCAAUUAACAGCCAGCCAAAAUCAGUGUAAAGACCUACAGGUGACCCACGAAAAAGCCCUCUCUGGCUCGGCCACUAAGCACGACGCGGCCAUCAAAAAGAUUAAGCAAAAACUUCACGACACUGAGCAGCAAUUGGCCAGUGCACAACAGAAGAACACCGACUUGGAAAAACAGACCAAGGAAAUGAAAAAGGAAGCCAAGGACAGCAAGUCCUUAACAACUGAGGUAGAGGCAGCCAGAAAACAGAUUGACGCAAUGUCAGAAAAGAUAAGGGCUUUGUUAGGAGACAAAGAAUGCUUGGCAAUGGAGGGGCAUACCUUAAAAUUAGAAAAAGAGUCCUUGUUCUCCAAACUUGUAGACUAUGAGGCCAGGAUUGAUUUGUCGAAUCAAGAGCGGGAAAAACUGUGGAACAUGCACGAAGAGCUGAAAGGAGAGAUCAGAAAAAUUGCGAAACAGAAACAAAAAGCGGAAAGCAAUACCCAGCAGGAAAAAGAAAGAAACGACGAGUUGAUUACCGAGAAGGGAAAGCUCCUCUUGGAACUGGAGGAGGUCCAAAACGAUUUUCAACGGGUAAACAAAGAGAAUGAGGUCCUACGAGCCACAAAGGCCACUCUCCUCCGGCAGGUGGAGGAGCUCCAAAGCAGUAAUGAUUCCUUGGCCCAGGAAUGCCAGAGGCACGUCCGGCAAAGGGAGGAAUUUGAGGAUUGUCAAAAGAAGCUUACUGAUGAAAGUGCCUCUCUCCUGAGAGAUAAGGAUGACAUUAUCAAGAAGCUGCAGAGUUCCUACGAAGAUAUGGCUCGCGAUCAAAAGGAUCUUCUCCAGGAAGUCAGUGUUGUCGCUUCUGAGAGGGACUCGCUGCUGGGAAAGCACUUGGAUCUUGAAAACAAGCAUGAGGCUUUGAAAAGGGAGGUGGACACUCUGUUCCAUACUGCCCAAGAUCUAGAGUCAGACAAAGAAGCUCUCCUGAAAAGCCAGGAAGACCUGCGUAAAAACUUAGAACAGGCUCUCGAGGAAAAACAGAAGCUUGGCAUGAAAAAUGAAGGCCUGUUGGCUGAUUUAGAAGCGGCACAUAAAGAGCUUAAAAACGUCACGAAAGACAAGAUGCAACUCGAGGCCUCUCAUGGCAGUCUUUCCAAGCUCUUAGAAGAGGUUAAGGCUAGUAGGGAGUCAACAGAGGCUGAGCGUAUUCAGUUGCUGCAAGAGAAGGAAAUCUUGGCUUCAUCCGAGAAGAGGCUUUUAGGAGAAAGAGAAGAACUCUGGAAUGAAAACAAGGCCCUCUUGGAAAAACUGACCAAGAUCACGGAAGAGACUGUCCAUACUGAGAAAACAUUGAACGAGACACUAAGCCAGGCCAUUGCUGAAAAGGAGCAGGCCUCUCUGAAAGCCACACAGUUUAAGAAGCAGAAUGACACUCUUCUCAGGGAUAAAGCCGCUCUGGAAGCAAAGUGUACAGAUCUCCUUGCCGAGAAGCAGAAUGCAACCAAAUCACUCUGCGACUUGAAGAAGAAGCACGAAUUGGACAUUUCUUCCAAGAGGUUGCUGUUACAAGAUAAAACCAAGCUCCAGAGCAGUGUUGACUCUUUGAAGCGGGAGCUUGACCAGAAAACACAAGAAAACCAAGAGCUCACGGCCUGCAAAUCUGAGCUGUCAAGAUUGUUGAACGAGGCCCAGAGUGCCAAAGCAGUAUUGGAGAAUGAGUAUUCGGCCUUGCUUCACGCCAAGCAAUUGUUGGCAACUUCCUUUAAGUGCAGUUCUUCAGAAAAAGAGAUCUUGAACCAAGAGAAGGCCCAGUUGCAGACUAUGUGCCAGCAACUGAGCAAAGAGCUUGCAAUACUCCAGGAGCAGCUCUCAGUAGAACAGGAAAGUAGGAAGAUGGAGAAGGAGUCUUUUCAGACAGACAGCAAAACGUUUUAUAACCACAUUAGGCAGUUAGAGAUGGAGAAAGAACAGUUAAUGUCAGAAAAUAAAGAGCUGUUGGCUGACAGCGAUAAAUUGAAACAUGAGAAAGUCAUAUCUGAUUCCAAACUAGAGGAAAUUAUGAAGGAAAAGGAGAUUCUUAGUGUUGAGGCAGAUGGACUUGCAUCCAAUAUCGAAAAGCUAAAGAGAGAGUUUACAAUCCUGAGUAAGUCCAAAGUGGAGCUCCAGGAUCUGCACCGCGGGGUCUCCAAGAUGCUAGAAGAGCUCCGUUCCCGACACGAGACAUCCGAACAGGAGCGAGUUAAGCUGCUCCAGGAAAAUGAGAGUCUUCUCUCUGAGCAGACGCACCUGAUCACCAUCAAGGAAGAAAUCUUGCAGGAAAAAGAGAAGUUCUCGGAAGAUUACUACAAACUCAAUCAGGAGGUCUCGGUGUUAGCCAAGGCCAACACUGAGUUGUCAGCCAACCUCGCAGCCUCUCAAAGCAAAAGCCUGAACCUACAGAAAGAAAAGGAGGAGCUUGUCUUGAAAUUGAAAGAAAUUGAGAGUCUUCAGGCCAAGGCGGUAAUGCAAAGAUUUGAGACGGCACAAACUGCAGAAGAUGCGUUGCAAAUAGUUGAGCAAGUGACCAAAGAGAAGGAAGCUCUUCAGAGAGAAAAAAUGGAGACAUUGGCCUCCCUUGAGGAUUUGAAACGGGCCAAUCAGAAGCUGCAGAAGGAACUGGAGAGCCUUAAAGAAAAGAACCUAAGGAGCCAAGAGGAGCUGGACACGUCUCUGAAGCUCCGCGAUAUGGAAAACCAAAAAAUGGAUGAUAUUAGACAAGAACUGGAAGCGCUAAAGCUGGCAGAGGCUGAGAAGUCCCAGCAAUUUGCAGCCUUGCAAGAGGAGAACGUUAAACUUGCCGAGGAGCUUGGCAAAGGGGAAGUCACGAGUCAUCAGAAGCUGGACGAAGAAAGAUCUGUCCUCAAUAACCAGUUAUUAGAGAUGAAAAAGAGCUUGCCCAGUAUCACUUUAAGAGAAUCUGACUUAAAAAGAGACAUUGAUGAAGAGAGAGCUUCCUUACAGAAAUCCAUCAGUAUUACUAGUGCCUUGAUUACAGAGAAGGAUGAAGAACUGGAAAAACUCAGAAAUGAGGUCACAGUGCUCCGAGGAGAGAAUGCCACUGCGAGGAAUUUGCAUUCACUAGUUCAGUCACUGGAGUCUGAUAAGCUGAAACUUGAGCUAAAAGUAAAGAAUUUGGAACAGAAACUCAAGGAGACCCAGAAAGCUUCUGGUUCUUCAGAUGAAGCAUCUGGUGGUGCCACGCAGGAUGAAACCACUCAGGAAAACCAGAUUGAUUUUCUGAAUUCUGUCAUUGUGGACCUUCAGAGGAAGAACGAUGACCUGAAAGCAAAACUUGAAAUGAUGUCUGAGUCUGCUCUCAAUGGCAAUGAGGAAGAGGUUCCUCAAUAUGACAGUGAGGGAGAAAGCCAGGUCAAAAAGAAGCCCCGCCUUUUCUGUGACAUUUGCGACUGUUUCGAUCUCCACGACACCGAAGAUUGUCCGACUCAAGAACAAGCGACGGACGAGCCUCCGCACUCGACGUACCACGGCAGCCGGAAUGAAGAGCGCCCGUACUGCGACAUCUGCGAGGUGUUUGGCCAUUGGCCAUCCAACUGCAACGACGACGAAACCUUCUGAUGUCGGAGCGGACCGACCGGGGAUUCAACACCUUGCUCUGUGCGUUUGCCAGGCCAAGAGCACCACCAGCAUCCACCUGUGCCGAAAUCUGGGGGGAAAGGGGGGUGGGAACGGGGGAAGGACUUCCGUCCUUUUGGGAAACAACCUUAUUCUGCCCUUGGUCAGCUCCAACUUUUAAAAAAAUACAUAAAUUAUUGACUAGGAGUGUUGCUACCAUUUUCAUUUCCACCUCCUGGAUUUCCAUCACCUUUCACGAGAAAGGUUCCUUAAUGUCAAGUUGUUUACCGACGGGAGGAAACACUAGUUCUAGUUUAGCUUCUUUCAAUACUUUUGAAAUUCUGCUGUUAUUUUUCAUAUUUGCACUAAGCUCUUAAAGCUGCAGUUGUAUGUUUUUAGAUUUUUGUAAAGCUUUUCGACACUGGAAUGGGUUAAGAGAUGAGCUCCGUUAUGAGUCUUUUUCGUAUUCUUCCUCAUCUUGGUUCUCUCUUGAUCGAAUACAUGAGCUCUGGUGCGCUACCUAGAGAUCAGUAGUGCCUUUCUUUUCAGCAGGAUUUCUUAACCAGCUGCUGAGGGGCAGUUUAUACCAAGGAACCUCCAUGCUGCGCACGUUGAGAACAUCCCUUGCCAUGUUCUUUCCGCUUUCUGUAGAGUUGUACAUAAGUACAUAUAAAUAUAUUUAAGAAAAGAUUUAUAUUUUGGAAAAUUAUCUUAACUGUUUUCAGUGUUUUUUCUUCAUCUGAACUCCGCCGAGGAGCUUUGUGCACCGUGCAGUAACUUGAUCAAAUGACCACAACUAGCCUCGAUCUUGGGAGAUUUCUUUUUCAGACUAAGUUUUGUUUUUGUUUGUCCUGAAAAAAAAUAAUCUUCCAGCAGUUUUGUUUCCUGUAACAAGUUUUCUCUGAAGCCCUUUCGACAAAGCGAGACUUUUUUAAACAAAUCAAUAAUUUAUUUCCCUUUUGGUCUCAGUUUUGUUCCAGUUGAAUGUACAACAGAAAAUUCAUUGUGGAUUUUCUUAGAAGUAACAUCUUUACAAGGAAGAACAAGGGGGUUGGGGAAGGAAAACCAUCCGAACACACUGUUAUAGGUGAAAACUGUCAUGCUUCUUUUACUGCAUGCAAAGUUCCUGAUGACAUGACUCUUGUCAUGGAGUUGAUGGUGAGUGUGCUACUUAACAUAAGUCAAGGUGAUAGAUACCACAUAAGCUGAUUUUUGAAUGUCUCAAACACAACAUGUUUUUUUAAAAAACAUCCCUGCUCUCUGUACAUUAUAGAGGAAUUUAAUUCUUGUACAAGUCUGUAUAUAUACAUAUCUAUAUAUCAGCACCUCUGAUGUACUUUUCUCCAGAUUACAGACAGUAUUUGGCAUAUGAGUAUGAAGUCAGUUUAAUGUAAUUGUUUGAAAUUUGGAGUUAUGAAUGUAUUAUAGGGAUAGUUGGACAACAGCAGGGAAGUCAGUAUUAAACUUGAGUGUACUGUAUCUUUAAUAAAAUGGUUAUUCUCUUGUCA